GGCCCCCCCCCGCCCAAGCGGCCCCCCUCGGCCUCUUCAGUACCGUAAGCUUGUUGUAGGUCACUACUGCCCACUACAGACAACCUCAGCUCAGCUGUGCCCAGAGGGAACCCUGAAUCCCCUGGAGGGGCCAUGCCAACCUUGCCCAGCUGGAAAGUACUGCCCAGGAGAAGGCUGCUCGUACCCUGGCGGAGGUUCCUCAGAGAGGUCCUGUCAGCCUUGCCCUGCUGGGUUCUUCUGUGCCCAGGAUGGUCUUGACUCCCCUACAGGCCCUUGUGCAGCUGGCUUCUAUUGCCCUGGGGACAUCAGCUCCUUCAGCUCUACGGCAUUCCUGUGCCCCAAGAGAUGGAAGACUGCAUGGAAAAUGUGCCCCCGGUUAUUUCUGCUCAGCUGGGAGCUCUGAACCAACUCCACAGGCCUGUAGGAAUUGCUCAAGUCUGUGCCACAGGGGACAUCUUGGUGCAGGGCUGUGCCCAAUGGGAUUUUAUUGUCCAGAGGGCAGUGACUCACCAAUUCCAUGCCCAGCCAACACUUUAAGGGCAUCCUUGGGUGCCAGGUGGAGAGAGGACUGUUGGCCUUGCCCUCCAGGACACUGGUGCAAAGUGACCCAGUGACCUAUCCUUGUCCUCCUGGUUAUUACUGCCCUGGAGGGAGGGAAUUUGAAGGCAGGGGCCCUCAAGAAUGUCCUGAGAACACGUAUCAGGCAGAACUAGGGGCCUGGAGCCAGAGAGAAUGCCAGCCAUGCCCACCAGGAUAUGACUGCCCAACCCCUGGCCUGUCAUCUUAUGAAGACCACCUCUGCCCUCCAGGGCACUGGUGCCCAGGAAAGCAAAGGGCCUUGCUCUGCCCUCCAGGUACCUUUAGGACCCAGCUAGGUGCCACAUCAUGGGAAGAGUGUGAGCCCUGCCCUCCAGGCCUUUACUGCCCUGACCCGUUGCUGACCGGCCUGGUCAACGUCCGUGGCAUUCCUUGCAGACCUGGCUAUGAGUGCCCUCGAGGCUCCAUGAGUGAGACCUUGUGCAGAGCUGGUUCCUUCUGUGGUCCCCAGACUGGUAUUCCCCCCAUGUGUCCCGGGGGCUAUGCUUGUCCAGAAGUAUCUUCCACCUACCGCACAGUUGAGCAGCUGCAGCAAGGAUUACCUUCAGCACCCCUGCCCUUCUGGGCAUUACCGCCCCACCAUGAACUCUGACCCCAGGCCUUGCCCUGCUGCCACACACAGAAGCUCCAGGGGGGCCCAGCGACCUGAGGACUGUUCCCCAUGUCCUAAGGGCACCUAUGGGCUGCGCCCCAGCAUGACGUCCUGUUUACCCUGUGGCAGUUCCUCCUCCUCCCAGCCAGGUGAGUCC